AUGGAGGUGGAGGCGGUCAGCUGCGAGUGCUGCGGCCUGGAGGAGGAGUGCACGGGCGAGUACAUCGGCGGCGUGCGGGGCUACUUCGGGGGCAGGUGGCUGUGCGGGCUGUGCUCGGAGGCCGUCAAGUACGAGGCCGGCAAGUGCGCCCGGGGAGCCGGCGCCGUGCCGCCCGACGUGGAGGAGGCCGUGCGCGCGCACAUGGCCAUCUGCCGGACGCUCAAGAGCCGCGGCGGGCCCGCGGGCCGCGUCGCCGAGGGCAUGCGCCAGAUGCUGCGCACCGCGUCCUGGAAGAAGGCCGCGUCGUCGUCGUCCGCCGCGUCGCCCAGGGGCCAGGGACACCACCGCUCCUCCGCCUCGCCGGUGUCCGUCGGCCUCUGA